AUGACGGCUCAGAAGAUACAUGAUUUGCAGGACCGCUGUGCUUACAAUAGCACCGGAAAGAACGCAAUUCACAACGGCUUACUAUGGCAGCACGUCACCAAUGGCAACGCACGCCAAGACUCCGAGCGACAAUGGCGGCGUACAAUUGGAGCAAAAUCAAUUGAAUCAAUAACAGAAAACGGUACAAGAAAUGAUCGCAUUCCUUAUUAUCUCACCGCCGUGCUCAGAACUAACUGGUACCUCGGGGCGCUGCAGGCUCCGCAGCAUGCUAUCGGCAACUCAUCAGGAAGUUUAAAUCAUCGAUAUAUAACCAUAUAUAACGCUUAG